AGCUCUCUGCUUCUUAUAUAUCUAUGCUCCAUCCGUGCCAGGGGCCGAGCUGUGACUGGCGUCAGGGAGAGGACACAGCUGCGGAUUCUGUACGGCCGGACAGCAGGACUGGAAGAUGAGAGUGAGGCCUCCAGACUGUUAUUCUGCCACUAUAGCCCUCUUCCUAUCUGUAGCCCAUGUCCUCCUCAUGCAGGUGGAUGGUAGGCGGAUGUCCAGGAGAGAUGUCUUCUCUACUAAGGAGUUUUUCCUGGACAUGGCGGAUUCCUCCUUUGAUGAUCAGUACAAAGGAUGCAGCGACUUGAUGGAAGCCGAGAUCCCUCAACUCUUCAAAAUCGAAUAUUCUACAAAUAAGGAGUUUGCUGACGCCUGGGACACAGCUGCAUUUAAAUGGGAGGAGAAGAAGAAGGGGUGCUUGGUGAUACCUAAGGACUUUAAGGAUGAGUAUGCCAUAGCAUUGCUUGCUUACACCAUAAAUGGUCCUCUGCACAAGGUCUUCAAUGAUGCCGUCAGGGACGCUGGGCUAUCCCUGCAGUAUUACCUGAGGAAUUUCAACUUUAAGGUCCUGCAUUAUUACUUGACCAAAGCUCUUCAGCUGCUGGACGUAAUAGAAACUCCGGCGUGCUACAGGGUCUACAGGGGGAUAAGAGGAAUUCGGUUUAAGUUUGACCCUCGGAAAACCGUGCGCUUUGGACAGUUCACUUCUUCUUCUACCAAAUAUGAGAGUGCUCUGAUGUUUGGAGAGGACACCUUCUUCAACAUCAAUACUUGCUAUGGUGUCAACAUCAAGAACUACUCCUUCUUCCCUGGGGAGGAAGAGGUGCUAAUACCACCUUAUGAGAAGUUUAAGGUGACCAACUUCAUCAAGGAGAGAGACAGGAAUUAUAUAACCCUGAACUCUGUGGAGAAGUCUAGUGUCUACAACUGUGAGCUCGUGAAAGAAAGAAAAUGUAAACUGAAGUGGUGCCCGUUCAGUUCAGCCACCAGCACCCAGAUGAAGAUAAAUUCCCUGGAAAUAAUGCUUGUCAGUGUACUGGUCCUCCUAACACAACCUCUGGGAGAUGUCUUCUACUCCUGAUACAGUAACUGGGAGAUGUCUUUUCCUUGUAAUACAAUAACUGGGGGAUGUCUUCUACUCCUGAUACAGUACUGUAACUGGAAGAUAUCUUCUCCAUGUGAUACAGUAACUGGGGGAUGUCUUCUCCUUGUAAUACAGUCACUCUGAGAUGUCUUCUCAUUGUAAUAUAGUAACUGGGAGAUAUCUUCUUCUCCUGAAACCAUAACAGGGAGAUUUCUUCUCUUAACACAGACAUUGGGAGAUGUCUUCUCCUCCUAACACAAUCAAUGGGAGAUAUCUUCUCCUCUUAACACAAUCAAUAGGAGAGUCUUCUAACACAGUCAAUGGGAGAUGUCUUCUUCUAACAUAGUCACUGGGAGAGGUCUUCUCCUAACACAAUCAAUGGGAGAUGUCUUCUCCUCACACAAUUAAUAGGAGAGUCUUCUUCUAACACAGUCAAUGGGAGAUGUAUUCUAACAUAGUCACUGGGAGAGGUCUUCUCCUCCUAACACAAUCAAUGGGAUAGUCUUCUCUUCCUAACACAGUCAAAAGGAGAUGUCUUUUCCUAACACAGUCACUGGGAGAUGCCUUCUCUUCCUAACACAGUCACUGGGAGAUGCCUUCUCUUCCUAACACAGUCACUGGGAGAUGCCUUCUCUUCCUAACACAGUCAAUGGGAGAGGUCUUCUCUUUACACAGUCACUUGGAGAUGUCUUCUCCUAACACAGUUACUUGGAGAUAUCUUCUCCUAACACAGUCACUGGGAGAUGCCUUCUCUUCCUAACACAGUCAAUGGGAUAUGUCUUCUCCUAACACAGUCACUGGGAGAUGCCUUCUCUUCCUAACACAGUCACUGGGAGAGGUCUUAUCCUAACACAGUCUCUUGGAGAUGUCUUCUCCUCCUAACACAGUUAAUGGGAGAUGUCUUCUAAUACAGUCACUGUGAGAUGUCUUCUCCUCUUAACACAGUCACUGGGAGAUGUCGUCUUCUCCUCCUAACACAAUCAAUGGGAGUGUCUUCUCUUCCUAAGACAGUCAAUAGAUGUCUUCUCCUAACACAGUCACUGGGAGAUGCCUUCUCUUCCUAGCACAGUCACUGGGAGAGGUCUUCUCCUAACACAGUCACUUAGAGAUAUCUUCUCCUAACAGUCAUUUGUAGAUGUCUUCUCCUAACUCAGUCACUUAGAGAUGUCUUCUCCUCCUAACACAGUUAAUGGGAGAGGUCUUCUCCUAAUAUAGUCACUGGGAGAUGUUUUCUCCUCCUAACACGGUUAAUGGGAGAUAUCUUAUCCUAAUAUAGUCACUGGGAGCUGUCUUCUCCUCCUAACACAGUCACUGGGAGAUGUCUUCUCCUCCUAACACAAUCAAUGGGAGUGUUUUCUCUUCCUAAGACAGUCAACAGAUGUCUUCUCCCAACACAGUCACUUGGAGAUGUCUUCUCCUAACACAGUCAAUGGAAGAUGUCUUCUACUAACACAGUCACUGGGAGAUGUCUUCUCUUCCUAACACAGUCACUGGGAGAUGUCUUCUCUUCCUAACACAGUCAAUAGGAGAUGUCUUCUCUUCCUAACACAGUCAAUAGGAGAUGUCUUCUGCUAACACAGUCACUGGGAGAUGUCUUCUCUUCCUAACACAGUCAAUAGGAGAUGUCUUCUCUUAACACGGUCACUGGGAGAGGUCUUCUGCUAACACAGUCACUGGGAGAUGUCUUCUCUUCCUAACACAGUCAAUAGGAGAUGUCUUCUCCUAACACAGUCACUUGAAAAUGUCUUCUCCUAAUACAGUCAAUGGGAGGUGUCCUCUUCUUAUAAUAAAUUAAUCUUACCCCCCCCCCCCCCAAGACAGGUUGUGUACUUACCCCAAAUCUCCAGCUAUGUUAUUCUAUAAACAAUGACACCUGUGGCCAGAUAGAAACAUCUCUAACCUUGUCAUGAUACUCUCCUGCACACCCUUGUGGACCUGCUUCUCACCAAUUAUCUGAUAACCACCUCACUCUCUCCCUGGUCGCUCUUCACUUUUGUAACAAACCUGAGCAGACUCUCCCAGCCAUCAGUCUUUCAGUUGCUCUUGGUAUACCCUCCUCUUCCCUGUAGCCGAUCCUGUCCAUACCUGAUACUAAUCCCUGUGCAGGUUCUACCAGCUACCCUUCCAUCCUCCACUCCUAUUGUCUCAGCUUUACCAUCUAACAAGCAGAGACACCUCUCUAUCAUCAGUCUCACAUCUGUGCCUCCUUCCUCCACCAUGUAUGCAGUAUUUAUGUGUGAUUUAUAUUUUCUAUGACUUACUACUCUGUCUGUCCAGCGCUGCAGUGUUUUGUGGCUCCUUACAAAAAGGUGAUGAUGAUGACAAUGAUAACGUGUCUCUGAAAUGCGCAUUUUAGCUAUGGAAACUUUACUGUCAUCACUUAUUACAGUUACAAUAUGUUCUGGUAAUAAAAUAAUACAAAUAUAAUUUCCAAAAAUAGUUAAUAUUUAUUUUAGACUGACACAAGCGCUCUUGCUGUACAUUUAAGCAAUGUUAUAUGUUGUAGUAGACUCACGGAUACUUACCGAAGGGUUGCAACUUCAGUUACCAGAACCAAAUGUUUAGAUUGUACUGUAGCUUUAAUUGUAAUAUUACUAUUACCCCCAAACAAAUUAUAUAUUGUGUGUAAGGUUUACAGAGAUGCACCCAAAAAAUUUCAAACCAGUUUCAAAUUCAGUCAAAUGUCAAAAUUUUAAAGUUCAUGAGUGCGUUCCGCUACAAUCAUCGAUAGGCAGAGAGUGAGAUUUCUGGUUUGCUGUUUGUAUUAAGAUUUGUAUUUUUACAUAUUUGUAAACUGUAAAAAAAGAUCUAUUUAAGAAAUAAAAAAAAAGUAUUUCUAAAUUCUUA